AUGUCUAAAAUUAAACGACCUUUAAAACGACUUCGAACUUCCAAUUCAAAUAAUAAUGAACCUAAUAUUGAACAACUUCGAGCUUCUAAUACAAAGCAAACCAGUUUCGCCUGGGAAUUUUUUAAUUGUCCUUUAGUUCCAGGAAAUGAUGGUGAACCUACUAUUAAACGCGUAAAAUGCCGAUUUAAUGGAUGUACAACCAAUUACGCCUGGCUUGGUUCAACAAGUAAUAUGAUAGGACAUAUUCACUAUAUAACAAAAACAAGUUUAAAUAUGCAAACAGCAGAAGAAAUUCUUAAUAAUCCCCAAGCAUUUAUUAUAGAAAGCUCAUUUAAACCACAUGAUCAAGAAUAUCAGCAUUACGGACAUUAG